ACAAUAUAACAAGAUUUUUUUUAUUUUUAAACAUUUUAUUUUUUAAAUAUUUCUAUAAAAAACAAAAUAAGAAUUAAACAAAGGACAGUCAAAUAAAGUGAAUUUAAAAAUUGAAAUAAAAUGCUGACCUGCAGUGAAAUUGGAACAACAUUUUUUUCAAUUUUACUAUUAUUAAUUACGACGAAAGUUUUUAGUAUUGAAGUACAACAAACAAUUAUAGAUAGCGCUCCAACAAAAUCAGCUCUUGGAUGUCAUACACGUUUAUAUACGUAUAGAGUAAGUCAAACAGAUUCACAGGGUAGAGAAUGUUGGGAUUAUGUUAGUGUAAUGUCAUGUUGGGGACGUUGUGAUUCAAGUGAAAUUUCAGAUUGGAAAUUUCCUUAUAAAAAAUCAUUUCAUCCAGUAUGCGUACAUGCACAUAGAACUAAAGCAUUUGCUAUACUAAGACAUUGUCAUCCCGAUGUUGAACCAGAAACAAAUCGUUAUGAAUAUUUGGAAGCAAAAAGUUGCCAUUGUCAUACAUGUUCUUCAACAGAUAAUGUUAGUUGUGAAGGUCCAACAAUAGCUAAUGUUGGUGGUGCUUUAGAAGAAAAACCUGGUAUAAAAAUAUUAGCAUUGAGAAGUCCUGAUUCUGAUGAUCUUGAAUAUAAAAAAUAAUUGAAAAAUAUAAAAAGAAAAAAGAAAAUAAUUUUUUUAAAAAAAUUUAAUAUUCCAAUAUGCAUAUUAAAUUGUAAAUGAAUAUAAAAAGUAUUACACCUUUAUAAUUAAAUAUUAAAAGUG